UCUAAAUGAUGCCCUUUUGUGUAUGACAAGAAAAAUGGAAUUAUAACCGUUUUUUUCUGAUUUCCAUUUUAGAUAUCCUGGUGACGAACGGGCUGAAAGUGGGAUUGACGACGACGACAAUGAUGAUGCUACUGUGUUUUAAUGAUGAUUUUAAACAUUUUCAAUCUUUGGACUAAAUUUUUACGUAAUAUCUAUAUAUGUAUUGUUUGAGCAAAUACUGUUUAUAUUAAAAGGACAUUUAAUGUUAAUAUUGUAUACAUUGAAUAACAUUUAUAGCGCAGAAUAGUGUAUGUAGUUACGGACAUUUAAAGCAAAUAUUGUAUAUUUAUGAAGGACAUUUAAAGCGAAUAGUGUAUGUUUGUGAAGGACAUUUAAAGCGAAUAGUGUAUAUUUGUGAAGGACAUUUAAAGCGAAUAGUGUAUACAUUGGAUGACAUUUAAAAUGUAUUUAGUAUACAUUAAAAGACAUUUUAAGCUGAUGCUGUAUACAUUGAAGGAAAUGUAAAGUGAUAGGUGUAUACAUUGAAAUCUAUUUAAACGAAUGUUGUAUAUAUGCAAGUACAUUUAAAGCGACUAGUCCAUACAUUGAAGGACAUUUAAAGCGACUAGUCCAUACAUUGAAGGACAUUUAAAGCGACUAGUCCAUACAUUCAAGGACAUUUAAAGCGACUAGUCCAUACAUUCAAGGACAUUUAAAGCGACUAGUCCAUACAUUCAAGGACAUUUAAAGCGACUAGUCCAUACAUUCAAGGACAUUUAAAGUGAAUGUUUUAUACAUUCAAGCAUAUAUUUAAAGUGAAUGUUGUAUUUAUUGAUUGACAUUUAAGUAUAUAUUGGAUGACACUUAAAGCGAACUUUGUAUAUAUUGAAGGGCAUUUAAGCGAAUGUUGUGUAUUUUGAAGGACAUUAAUUAACAAAGAAUAUUGAAUAUAGUGAAGGACAACUUGGUUCGAUACAUGGAAAUGUUAAGAAAACAUAAUGCUUUAUUUGUGGAAUAACAGGAACGGCGGUGGAAAACUGUGACGACUGUGCGCUUUGGACGUGCUCACAAGUCUUCUUACCGGGAUUGUUUGACGAAUACAGCUUCAGCAUACAGAACGAAUUAAAUUAGAGAACACCAGUCAAGUUUCAAGAUACUCAGCCCGAGAGGGUUCCUUGUCAGAAAUUAAAACCACGUAAUAUCUAGACUUUGGACUUCCGGUUGUUUACAUUCGACAUACUGAUAACAUUCGGUGACAGCUUUUGGAAGAGAUCGGCUACCACAGUUUCCGGUAGAGCUCGUCCCUUUGCAAAUACAAUCAGUGUGUCUUACAUAUUCUAUUCUGUGACCAUUGUGGGAACUGUUCGUUCACCACAGUUUCCCGUAGAACACGUCUAUUUACACAGAGUUCUAAAACAUCGUGUACAAUGCACUGGAUCGCAUUGUGUGUUCUAUUCGGUCUGACAGUAGGAUACCUUUUUAUAGGUGCGGCAGUUUUUAGGACUUUGGAAUCUGACAAUCAAAAGGACAGCAAGGCAGUGUCACGGGAGAAUGUACAGCGCUUCCUAGAAAACAACACGUGUGUUAGCCCCGCGGACCUCGAGACCCUCAUCCGACGUGUGGUUGAGGCCUACGAGCAAGGAGCUCUCACCACCAACAGCACAGAGGCAGUUGACACAUGGAACCUUUGGAGCUCCUUCUUCUUCUCUGCAACUGUCGUCACUACUAUUGGUUAUGGCCACAUUUCCCCGUCUACCUUAGGAGGCCGUGUGUUCUUCAUAUUCUACGCCAUCUUCGGUAUUCCUUUGGUCGGAAUCUUUCUGACAGGAAUUGGGCAGAACCUUUUUACUCCAAUAAAGAAAUUAAGAAACCGACCAAGCAACAAAUGGAUCAAAGCUCUCAUAUCUGUUACUGUCGGUAUAGUUGGGAUGGGAUUGCUUAUAUUUUUACCAGCCUUAGGAUUUCACAACUUUGAAGAGUGGAGUUAUACUGAAGCGGUUUACUACGCAGUCGUGACCCUAACCACUGUCGGAUUUGGGGAUUUUGUACCAGGUCAGGAAGACAAGUCGUACAGAGCCGGGUACCAGAUUUUAACAAUAGUAUGGAUAUUUGUGGGUCUUUCAUGGCUGGCUAUACUUCUGACAGACCUUGGCGAUAUUUUCAAAGAGAAAAUAGAACAGCAAAGCGACAGAACACCUCGGAGAAGAUCGCGAUAUUCAACUUCGUCAAAAGAAUUUGACGCUAUACGAAAUAAGAAAGACACGAAUUCGAAGGCAUGACAUUCACAUCUGUGUUUUGUAGAUAUGUUAUUAUUGUUCUAAAGAGAACGAAGACGUGGCGUGCAUUUACAAAUUUAUUUGAGGAAGUUUAUAUGUUUCUGUUUCAUAUGACUCUGUACUAUUAACAUACUGUAUACGUAGAUGAAACCAGAAACACAUAAAAGCUUGUGUUGUAUGUCUCUGACUGAUGAACUAUAAAUAUUUGACAUAGACUGUGGUUGUAUGAUGAUUAAUAGCUACACAAAGGUCGUUUCAAUUAUUAUGAAACUGCAUUAAAUAUACUCUUGUAAGAACAA